AUCUUCUCAAUUUGGUUCCCUUGCAUUACAUCACUUUUAAUCUUCCAAGUGAGUGAGAGGGAGAGGAAGAACAGGGGAGAGAAAAGAUGUCGGAUUGGGGACCAGUGUUCGUGGCUGUUGUACUGUUCGUGCUGUUAUCGCCGGGUUUGCUAAUCCAGGUGCCGGGUCGGAAUCGUUUUAUCGAGUUCGGCAACUUCCAGACCAGUGGGGUAUCGAUUCUGGUUCACUCCAUUCUCUACUUCGCCCUCAUCUGCAUCUUCUUGCUAGCUGUUGGAGUUCACGUUUACAUUGGUUCAUGGGUCAUCUCUUGGAUUUGGCUGUUCUAUGGACUAGAAUUCUAUCAUGAAAGAGCGAGAGAGACAAUGGUGGAGUGGGCACCGGUUCUGAUAGGGGUACUGCUAUUGGUAAUCCUCUCACCGGGGCUCCUUUUUCAGCUACCAGGGAACAGUAGCCAUGUGAAGUUCGGGAGCUUCAAGAUCAAGGGCAAGACCAUCGUCGUCCAUACUCUCAUCUUCUUCGCCGUGUACGCCAUCCUUAUCCUCGCCGUCGGUGUCCACAUCUACACCGGCUGAUCUUAACCCAUCCCAACCGAUCCGGU